GAACAUAUAAUGUGGCAACGCUUUUAAGAGGCACAUUGCGCCGGCAAAAUAUACAUGUAUAUUUUUGUUUUUUAUUAAUUUAAUUGAAGAUAUUGCAUUAUUAAAAUGGCUGUUUACUGCUUUGAUUUUCUGGGCUUCCAGGAGACCCUCAAAAAGAUGCGAGAUGUAGAUGAUAAAAUUAUAUACGCUCUCAAUGCACUUCCAACGGAGUCGUUCAAGGGUCAAGUGAAUAGUGAGAGUACGUGCCGGGAUCUGUACGCCAAGCUCCAGCAAUCCCAUCUUUCUAGGCAAACAAACAUACGCAAUUGCAUAACUUUGUCAGCAACAACGCUGAAGAAUCUACGCGAACAACGGGAAUCAAAUCCCAACGAUGUGGAGACUGAUAGCAAAUUUAAGGCUGAACAACGAAAGUUGAGAGUACUCCAAGCCGAGCUUAACGUCGAGGAUAUUAUAAAGGAGCGAACAUACAAGGCAUUUAAUGAGCGUUGCAGAUCAUAUUUCCAUGCUGAAUAAAGAACUUGGGCUAGCUGCAAGCACAUAAACAACUAAGCGUUUCGAUGCCGUAAAUUGUUUAGUUUUAAGUGAAAUUAUUAGUUUUAUACAGACACAGGUACUGCCAAGAAAAUUGUUAAUAACUAAAUGCUGUUUAUUAGCAAUUGGUUACUUUAUUUUUGAAAAGAAAUUCAACAAAAUAUCGUA